AUGGCCUCGGUUGCAAAAUCCAGCAAUUUCAUGAAAUCGAGGGCCAACACUGGAGAUGGGUCGUCGUCAUCUUCAAAGCCCAGCAGGGUUGAUUCGUCAUUGGUGACCAAGAAGAAAUCUGUUGAGGUAUCAAUCAAGAAUUCUUCUUCAGCUGAUGCCAAAAACAAAUCCACCGUUACUGCUUCCAAAAUGGUAAAGAAGACAUCCACUCAAUUGAAAGGUGCCACGACAACAGUCACCAAAACCAGAGUGAAGAAAGUUUAUUCCUUGCCAGGCCAAAAAUUCGAUGUUCCAGAGGAGCGAGAACCAUUGAGAAUUUUUUACGAGUCAUUGUCGAAGCAAAUACCUUCGAGUGAAAUGGCUGAAUUCUGGUUAAUGGAACACGGCAUGCUGUCACCUGAGAGGGCCAAAAAGGCGUACGAGAAAAAGCAGAGGAAGCAAAAGCAGCUUCGAACAGGGACUCCAAUAAAGUCCCCACCACCGUUCAUUCCCAGUAAACCCGAGAGCUCAAAGAGGCCACAACAAGCUCCGAAAAAUGGUGAAGUAAAGGCAAAAAAGCGAAUUGGGAAUGAUAGUGAUGAUGACGACGACUUUGUGCUUAGCCACAAGAGAAGAAAAUGA